GUUAAACGAUUUUUAAAUCCAUAAUUUGAGUCUGAUGUCAGUAUGGUUGAAAAUUACAAUCAACAUUUAUUUGAGAAUAUUAACAUUUUCAUUGUCUAAUGUAAGAUUUCCGUGUCAUUUCCGGUCCACUUCGGAUAUAUUAUUUCUUCUUCAUUUUCAAAUACUUUGCGCGCUAUACGUCUGGACUAUAUUUCAACUGUCAAAAGGAUUUCACCUCUCAUUCAGCAUAUGAUUGAUAUGAUUUUGAAAGACGCUGUCAGUGACUUAAACGUUUCAAAAACCAAAAUACAUUCUGUGGAUCAGUAUAUUUGACUCUUGGAGUACCACUCGGAAAAUAAUGUCUUCACCCGUAAACUACGAAGAACAUGAAGAUGUUCACGACCCCAGCUACUUUGUUAAUAAAAGUAGUGUGGAUGAGUCAAUAUUAUUCGAGACAAAAAAUGACGAAGAAGUAAGUGAUAUCAACGCAUCGGACGCUGUUGUGACAACAGAUUCAGAUUUAUUUUCCGAGCCACCCAAUAAAAAAGCGAACAUUUCGAGUGAACAUAGUAAAAUCGUGGCAAGUCACUACAAUAAUUUACAAGAGAAGGGAUUGUACGAGCGAUCGAAGUCGAAUAUAUUUUACAUGAGGAAUUUCAACAACUGGAUCAAAAGUAUGUUGAUAAAUGAGUACUUAACGAAAAUUAAGAGCAACGCUCCACAUGGUGCACCACUGAAAGUCCUGGACAUGUGCUGCGGAAAGGGUGGCGACUUACUGAAGUGGGAAAAAGGAUGCAUCACCCAUUUGAUUUGUACGGAUAUCGCCGAUAUUAGCGUGGAGCAAUGCCAAAAGCGAUACGACUCAAUGGCCGAGCGAACACAUCAUGGACGGAACAAAUUUCAGAAAAUGUUCACAGCCGAAUUCUUUGCCAGCGACUGUACAAGAAACCGAAUUCGGGAGCAAUUCAAAGACGUAUCAAUCAAACUGAAUUUGGUGAGUUGUCAGUUUUCGUUCCACUAUUGUUUCGAGUCGCUCAAGCAAGCUGAGUGCAUGAUUCGUAACGCUGCCGAGUGUUUAACUGAAGGUGGCUACUUUAUCGGAACGAUUCCGGACGCAAAUGAAAUUAUCCGGAGGCAAAGGGAGAACGGAACCAGUUCGUUCGGCAAUGACGUUUACAAAAUAUCGUUUUUGUGCGAUAGUGAAUGUCCUCCAUUGUUUGGAGCCAAAUACAAUUUCCAAUUGGAAGGCGUUGUUGACUGUCCAGAGUUUCUAGUUCACUUUCCGAUGCUGAUCAAGUUGGCAAGGAAGUUCGGCUUGGAGUUUGUUAUGAAGGAGCGAUUUGAAGACUUUUACAAGAGGAAUUUAGAUAAUGGUAAAGGACUGAUGGAACGAAUGAACGCUUUAGAAACGUAUCCAUCACAUCAUCACUAUAAGGGUAAUGAUGGUGAUGACAAAUACAGCCAUGUCGCCAGGAAAUUCGACCGGAAUACGAAAUGUGGUACAUUAUCCAAAUCGGAAUGGGAAGCAAUCAGUCUGUAUAUGGUAUUCGCUUUCAGGAAAAUGAAAACGGAGUGGGACGAUAAGGGUAAUCCUAAGUACGUGUGACGUGUAAAUUAUUAUACAAAUUUUUUGUAUUAUUACUAUUUUGCUUAUUAUUUUUUGUGUUGAUUUAAUAAUGUUGAGCGUCCGAAUUUUAAGAAUUUUAUGUGUACGUAUGGGAAUGCAUUUUUGUCUCAUUGGAUUCAAGUAAAAAAUUUGUUUUUAUCAAGAAAAUUGUUCAAAUUAAUCAAAUAACACUUGGCUUAGCUAUUCGAAUC